AUGGACAACGACUUGACGGUGCACAGCAUAUGUGCCAGCCCGGCCACCUACCAGCAAUACACCUGGACGCUAGCAGACAAGCUGCGAAAGACGGCCAAAUCGGAGCUGCGCGAAGAUGAACAACUGCGAUCGCAAGGCUUGGCACAGAUGCGGGAGUUCAUCGCCAAAAGUCCACACAUCAAGCGGUGCCGUACCGAUGCGCUGUUUCUGUUGCGGUUUCUCCGCACGAAGAAGUACUCGAUACCGCAGGCGUGCGCCAUGUUGGAGAGGUACCUCACGGUGCGUCAGACCAACCCAGCCUGGUUCUACCGAUUGGACAUUGAGGAUCCGGAGGUUGAAGCGGUCAUCGAUGGAGGCUACAUUGUGCCGCUGCCGGAGCGUGACGAUCAUGGCCGACAGGUGAUACUGUCCGUUGCGGGAAAUCUUGAUCUGAGCCGCGUGUCUUCCGCCCUGCUGGCACGGGUGCACUUCCUCGUGCAGGAGGUGCUGGCCGACGAUGAGCCGUCACAAAUUUGCGGGUACGUGCACUGUGUGGAUGAGCGCGAGCUGUCGAUGAAGCUGAUGGGCAUGUGGUCCCUGGUGGACAUCAAGAAGGUUGCCGAUUGCAUACAGAACGGGUUGCCGAGUCGUAUCAAUGGAUUUAAUCUGAUCGGUCUACCGUCCACGGCUGCUACGCUGCUCGAGUUCUGCGUGUCUUUGCUGAGUGAUAAGCUACGCAAGCGAAUCAACCUUUUCCGCACCGUGGAAGACUUUGCCGGCAAGAUAAACCGCAAGAUUCUGCCGAAGGAGUACGGCGGUACCGUACCGAUGGCGGACAUGAUCGCACAGUUUAAGGAGCGGUGUCGCCAGAAGCGGGCUCAGCUGCUGGCGAUGGAUGAAAUGUGCAUCGAGCUGUCCAAGGUGCCAGGACACUGUGCGGAUUCGUGCCGUCGGGAUCUGGAUGCCGGUAUGAUUGGAAGUUUCCGCAAGCUGGAGGUCGAUUAA